AUGGACGAGGAAGAACGGCCCCGGAAGUUUCCCAAGCUCGACCACGAAGGCGCCCAAGAUGAUUCUGAGCCGACUAUGACCGGCGCUGUGGGAGCGGUCUCUGCGAACGACGCUACGAGCCAGACUACGACAGCUGAAGCAACAGCAGAUGCACACAACGAAACUGCAACAGCAACGAAUGAUGAGACACAGGCACUGGAAGAGGGGGGGACGGAGACUGCGCCGAAGAUCUCCAAGAGGCAGUUGAAGAAGCUCCAGCGGCAGAAACACUGGGAGGCCAACCGCGCCGAUCGCAAAGUCAAGCGGAAAGAAAAGCUGAUGGAGAAGAAAGAGCGCAGACGGAACGAGAUCGCUAAGGCAAGGGAAAGGGGUGGGGAAGAAGCUGUCGCGGAGCUUCUGAAGUCAUGGGAGCGGACCCCGCAACGAUUCGCGCAGUCAAAACUGCUCCCGUUGACCCUCAUUCUUGACUGCGGGUACGACGACUUGAUGCUCGAGAAGGAACGGAUCUCCCUCGCCUCCCAGCUGACGCGCGCUUAUUCGGAAAACGCCAAAUCCCCCUACCGCGCUCACAUGGUUCUCUCCACCUUCAACAAGAAGCUGAAGGAGCGGUUCGAUACGGUCAUGGCGAAACAGCACGAGAACUGGAAAGGUGUGCGAGUUAUGGAGGAGGACUUUGCGCAUGCCGCGGAGCAAGCAAAGGAAUGGAUGCAGGGGCCGGGCGGAGGAGAAUUGGUUGGGCCUUUUGCGGACAAGACGAAUGCGAAGCCCGAAGAUGGCGAGGUCAUCUACCUCAGCAGCGACAGCCCGGAUACGUUGACGGAACUGAAACCGUAUAGCACAUACAUCAUUGGAGGCCUGGUGGACAAGAACCGUCAUAAAGGAAUCUGCCACAAGCACGCUGUGGAGAAGGGGAUCAAAACAGCGAAACUGCCGAUUGGGAAGUACAUCGAGAUGAACCACCGUUCGGUGUUAGCGACCAACCAUGUGGUGGAGAUCAUGUUGCGAUGGAUCGAACUGGGCGAUUGGGGAGAGGCGUUUAUGAAAGUGCUGCCUCCCCGCAAAGGAGGGGUGCUGAAGGGGCCGAAAGGAGAGUCGGAGGAGCCGUCGCCGAGUGAGACAGCGCAGGAAGCAGAGGAAGCAGAGGGGGAGGCUACCCUCUUGUUGAUCACCUCUACUGCUCACCCCCCACCUUGGCAAGUAAACAACUUCUCGUUGCUCAGGAAAUCGUCCACCAUGUUUAUGCUCCGGAACGUGUCUCGACUUCCCCCUCGAUAUUUCUCCUUCCCCACGCUCUACCCCUCCCCCGCCAAUCUCCCUUUUACGCAGUUCUUCCUCGGUGGCGACAACGUCUCACUUCUUCAAACUCCCACUAACAACCCCUUUGUAGUGAGCAAAUUUCUCUUUGGGGAUACUUCCAAGGAAUCCAUCAUCGAAAUCCCCCAGGGUCAGCUCUAUCUCGUUCGCCCUCUGUCGCCCAAGGGUUACUCCGAGCUCAUCUUCAAGGACGCCGCCGCCUCGAUCCGUCGCACCGGCCAAGAAUUUCAGUACCAGCUGGUAAUCCAGCGGGCCUACGAGGAAGGUGAGGAGGAGCUUGCUGAGGACGACGACGAACAAGGUGGCAGUGACGGUUCCGACAAGGACGAGAAAGUCUUCCUCCUUGAUCAGGCCCUGCACUUCCGCUCCGAAGUACGCGACGGCGGUUCCAAGAUUCUGGCCUGGAGAGACCUGAGUGGCGAUCUGGGUGAUCUUUUCGAAUUCGUUUGCGAUCCGUCGGUCCCCUCCGACAAAGUCACCACCUUUGAAGUCGCCGCUCUCCAGUGUCAGUACGAACGGAAAUACCGGCGCAGCGCCCAAACCGCCUCCCAUCAGGACCUUCAAGAAUUCUCCUUCCAGGAGGAGAAGCCCAUUCCAUCCGCAAGCCCUCUGGGUUCGCCUGCCAAAUCUCGUACCCACUCAUUGACGUCCGCCGAAACGACUGCGGCCAUGGCCAAAGACGUGGAAUAUUCGCGGUCCAAGGGACAAAUCAAACCUGCUGGCUCGGCUGAUGAACCCACCGUAGCCCCUCCAUCUGCCACUCAACCUGAGGCUAAGGAAGUUCUGGCAAAGGAGAAGGCCGAGUUGCACAUGUUUGACUUUCCCACGGGAACCUUUGUCCUCCAGGAUCCUGAAGUUGUUGCUACUGUAUCUGAAAUUGGCAACUGGCAAUAUUGGCUCCAAAUCACGGGUACAGAAAAGGAAUGGCUUGGCCAAGCGGUCGUCGCCGACAUCAACCCGGUCUUCAACUUUGAGUACCUCUCGUUCAUCUUUAACCACUACGGUGAAGAUGGGUCGGCCUAUUCUUGGCUCCUGCGUUUCAAGGACCAAGAAACCGAGGAACGGUUUCAGGAGGGCUUGAUGCAGGCUCUCUGGGAACAGUUGAACGAAAUGAAAUGGAACAAAGUUAAGGAAAAUGAGAGGGAAUACGUGUUGGACGCGUUCCAAGAUCUCACGAUGGAAGAUUCGGAAGAGCAGGAGGCUGAAGAAGAAGAGGAAGACGAAGAGGAGGACCAUGACGAUGGUCAACGCAGCGAACACUACGAUGAAGAUGAGGAAGAAGACGACGUGGUGACCCGCGAUGACGAUGGUAAUGUCAACUCGCAACUUGCCGUCGGCUACAAGCACGACCGGUCGUUCGUCGUCCGCGGCUCGAAGAUCGGUGUCUUCAAGCAUACGACGGAUAACAACCUGGAGUUCUCGACCAACAUUUCCAAGGUGGAAACUCCCAAGGGCAAGCUGUUCAGCCCCAAGAAGGUCAUGCUGCACGCAGAGGACCGCAACAUGAUCCUUCAGAAUGGCGACGAUCCCAACUCUCUCUAUCGUAUGGAUUUGGAGUAUGGUAAGAUUAUCGACGAGUGGAAGGUUCACGAAGACAUUCCCGUGACUACAUUUGGUCCUGAAAGUAAAUUCUCCCAAAUGACUUCCGCUCAGCCCUUCAUUGGCGCGUCCAACAAUGCUCUCUACCGCAUCGAUCCCCGUGUGUCGGGCAACAAGCUGGUGGAUGCCGAACUCAAGCAAUAUGCUAGCAAGAAUGACUUCUCCUCGCUGGCUACCACCGAGAAAGGAUACAUCGCCGUGGCAUCGAACAAGGGUGACAUUCGCAUGUUUGACAGACUGGGAAUCAAUGCAAAGACUCAUAUCCCAGCUCUUGGAGAGCCUAUUAUUGGUCUGGACGUGUCCGCUGAUGGCCGCUGGGUCCUCGCCACAUGCCGAACUUACCUGCUCCUGAUCGACUCGUUGCAGAAGGAGGGCAAGAACGAAGGCAAACUGGGCUUCGAACGUUCAUUCGCGAAGGACUCCAAACCUCAACCUCGCCGGUUGGGCCUGCAGCCAGCCCACGUGGCGCAGUUCCAGCACGAAACGAAGAAGCCGCUUGCCUUCACACCAGCACGGUUCAACACCGGUGUAGAUUCCGAAGAGACGUCGAUCGUCACUGCCACGGGUCCUUUCAUCGUCACAUGGAGCUUGAAGAAGGUGGUUCAGGGUCGCAAAGACCCGUACACGAUCAAGAGAUAUUCUGAAGAGGUCAUGGCCGACAACUUCCGGUUUGGGUCGGACAAGAACGUUAUCGUGGCAUUGCCGAAUGAAGUGAACAUGGUCGCCAAGAAGAGUCUGAUGAAGCCCACUCGCGAGAGUAUUGCCGGCCCUCCUGUUACUCCUCGUCGCAGUACAAGAUGGGGCAGCCGAUUGGGAAGAGAUGACAUUGUCAAUUCGCCCUACUGA